GCCGGUUAGCGCAGCUCCUCCGGAGGCCGACAUGGCUGACGAAAAAGAGGAGCUGGUGGUGACCUCGCGGGGUAGCGCGUCCUCUGUGAAGCUGGCCGAGGAGGAGGAGGAAGAACCCAUGAAGGUGGAGGUGGCGGUGGGCGACGAUGGCUACUCUGAGGAGCUCCGCGCGGAGGUGGGCAUAGACCCAAACCUCCUCGGCCUUGCGGAUGACGAGGAGAAGUGCCGGACGAUCCGCAGGCAGUACCGGCAGCUCAUCUACAGUGUCCAGCAGAACCGCGACGACAUAGUGAACACGGCGAGCGACACCUUGACCGAAGCCCUUGAGGAAGCCAAUGUCCUGUUUGACGGCGUGAGCCGGACGAGAGAAGCGGCCCUCGAUGCCCAGUUCCUUGUUCUGGCUUCGGAUUUGGGUAAAGAAAAAGCAAAGCAGCUAAACUGUAAUAGUAGCUUCUUUAAUCAAGUAGCUUUUUGUGACUUUCUGUUUUUAUUUGUGGGUCUGAACUGUAUGGAAGAUGCCGAACAUGAUGAGUUGAGCGAUGACAGUACAGCACUUUCCUUCUGGGAGACGCUGCAGAAAGAAGCCACCUCCUGGAUUUUGCAAGCCGAAACGUUCCAUUUUAUUUUUGGCUCAUUCAAGAGCCAGCGUUCUGCACGGAAGUCCCGGCUUGAACACCAGAGGAGAGUUCGCAGAAUGGAAGAAAGUAGGGAUAUGCCUACAAAACUCAGGAAGUUGGAGGUGAACAGUAAUCAAGAAGCAACAGAAAAAGAAGUAGAAAGAAUCUUGGGAUUGCUGCAAAUGUACUUUCAAAAGUACCCUGAUACGCCUGUGUCUUACUUUGAGUUUGUGAUUGAUCCAAAGUCUUUUUCUCGUACUGUGGAAAAUAUAUUUUAUGUUUCUUUCAUCAUAAGGGAUGGUUUUGCGAGAAUAAGGCUUGACCAAGACAGGCUGCCGAUACUAGAGCCAACUCAUACCAACCAAGUGGGGGAAGGAAGUGACCUCGGCUACCACGGCAGGAAACAAGGAGUUAUAUCUUUAAGCUUACAGGACUGGAAAAAUAUUGUGGCAACUUUUGAAAUUUCAGAGCCUAUGAUCACAAACUCAUGCUAAAGAUUUGUUUUUCGUAUAGGAUGCAUUUCUGUGGCUUUUCUCAAGGAACUCAAAAUGAAAAGUAAAAUCCCCAAAGAAGUGUCUACUGUAUUCUUGUAAAGUGAAAAAAUAUUUUCCAGUACUUCAGAAAUUGUGCAGUGUAUUUCUUGCUGGUUUAUAAAGUUGUCAUGGUCUCCUGAUACUAAAAAAAACUCACCAGAAUGAUGUUAG